UCCUCUCCUCAUCCUUGCUUGCAAAUUCCGACAACAAGUGGUGGCCUGUUCCCACAUGCCCAACUACACAUUCAUCGCUACAGACGAGCGCGGCGUGGUCAAGAAGGACGACAACAAGCUAAUACGAAGCUCAUGCAUGCGCGGUAAAAACGAGCGUCACGAUUCACGCCGUGUUAAACGACGCACAAAACGAUAUGCCUCACAAUCCACCGAACCACAGACAUCGGCCAAUGGCACACAAGCAGAGGAUCAAGACGGCUCUGUCGACGUGGUGGAUAUCCCAGCUACAAACACAUUAGGCGCCAUCCUGGCGGCCAGGGUGAUUGGCACUCCUCUCACUGAAGCACAUGUCUCCGAUGCGUCACUAUACAGCUUCAUAAACAAGGUGGACCGUCCUUCGCGGGACAUCAUGUUCAAAUAUCUCACAUUCAGUGUCUCCAUCGAUCUCCUGUAUCCUGUGGGGAAAUGUCUCAAAUACCCACCCAUUGAUAAUUUCAUGGUACUGAUGAUGAAGAACCCGCCUCUCUUGGAGUUGACACUACUAAUCACUCAUUCUAUCCACGAUUUUGUACUACAGAGAUCUCCUUCUGUUUUGACAAUAACUCAUCUACGCAAAACUCUCGCCCACCUUAAUGCCUUGAUUACUCAGCACCCAAGCGAAGAGAAUAUCUUUAUCAUUGUUUUCCUGGCUCUUGGCUUGGGUAACAUGGCGGCCAUGUUUGGCGAUUACUCUGCCACUAGCGCCCAUAUACAGGGUUUGCAGCGGAUCGCAACCAUCAAGGGCGGCAAAGAGCACCUUGAAAGAUUUCCAAAAUUUAACUUCAAAAUCAGUCGGUACGUCCUGUACCUCCCAAAACUACCCGCGAAGGCAACGAUACCUAUUUGUGACCCAUCCGCACCCGUUAAGACCACCCCAGCUACCACCAACUAAC